UUGUCGAGACGUAGAGCUGCAUACUUGUGUAUUUAAAUCCCUGAUAAGGUUGCGUAUCUUCUGCACAAACUUCAACAUGAGCAUCCAUGAAACAGUUUUUUUUUAUUAAAGUAUAUAUUUCUUCUCAAAGAAUAGUGACAAUUAAAAACGUAAAAAUAAGGGGUUAUAUUUUCAUAGAGGAAAAGCCCGAAGUCAUGGAGAAAUACACAGCGAACUGCAAGGCGCACCGGAAGGGAAUGGCACCAGAGGAGGUCGCGGAGUAUUACACUACUUGGGCCGAAAAUCAACAGUACGAUUUAGACUUAGACCCCAGCGUUUACAUGGGACCUUCGAUCGUGGCGAAAGAAGCUGCCAAAUGCUUUGAAGAGAAUCGCGAAAAGGUUCGCUUAAUAGACAUCGCAUGUGGAACUGGUCGCGUAGGAAAAGAGCUUUCUACGUAUGGUUUUAAAUCCAUUGACGGCGUUGAUCCUGCGGAGGGAAUGCUGAAACAGUGCCAGACGAGCCACAUCUAUACAAACUUGUAUAAAGAGUUCGUCUGCGAAAAACCACUUCCAAUCGCAGAAGGUACUUACGACUGCGCAGUCUGCUCGGGAGGCUUUGGUGAGGGCCAUAUACCCUGCAGCGGGCUACAGGAAAUGGCCCGAAUCGUCAAGUCCGGUGGUCUGAUAAUUUUCAUGAUGCGCAAGGAAUACAUGAAAGACGUUGAGGAAUAUGCGAACAAGCUGGAACCCAUGAUUUCCCGCCUGGAGCACGAGCACACGUGGGAGCUUCUCGAGAGACGAGAGGUGGCCAACUACUCCUUUAACAAGGACGGCGUCAUUUUCAAGUUGAGGAUCAAACGCGGCUGUCAUGCGGAGAAUAUUACCGCCAACGGAACAGAACGGGCUUAAGAUGAGAACAAAUCAUCGUAAUGACUAUAGACGUCUAGUGUCAAUUUCUUUGUGUGUACAAAUGCUCUUUUAAUUUGUGUUUAGGUACAUUAACAUUAUUCAUUCUACGUUGCGUUAAGCUGUUAGUAAAUACGUGUUAAGGUAACUAAAAUCUUCGUACAACACAUUGGUGGAUACGUUUCACUCUUUUCUAAGUAGAUAUUUUUAUAACAACUUAUUUUGCCCAAUAAUUUACUCACAAGAUGCUAAUGUUGUUCGUGUCUACUAUUCAAUUGUACAGACAGUAUAGAUUUUAAAUAAAAACGGACAAGGGUCAAA